GAAGGCUUCUGGGCGCUGCUGAUGCAACCGCCGAUGGACCCAGCGCAGCGCGGGAUCCGUGGACUUCCCGCGGCCCCGAUGGUGCAGCUCCCGGACUGCCUGGCGCCGCCCUGCUCCAUGGACGCCUUCUCCAGCCAGUGGAAUCCAGCCCCUGUUCCUGUCAGCAGCCCUUCCCUGCUGCUCCCCAUCCCUGCCAUCGUCUUCAUUGCUGUAGCCAUCUAUUUGUUGCUGCUGGGCCUAGUGCUGCUGACUAGGCACUGCCUGCUGGCCCAGGGCCGCUGCACAGACUGCAGCUCCCCCUGCAGGAAGCAAGGUGCCUCGGGGCCACAAGAUUGUUGCUGGACCUGUGCAGAAGCCUGUGACUUCCCUCUGCCUAGCCCAGGCCACUACCUGGAUGCCUGCUGCCCCCAGCCCACUGAAGUUGGCUGGGCCCCACGGUGCCCUCGCUGCUGCCCACUCUGUGACUGUGCCUGUGCUUGCCAACUUCCCGACUGCCAGAGCCUCAACUGUCUCUGCUUUGAGAUCAAGCUCCGAUGAGGACCCAAGAUCUAUGCCCUUUGGGGAGCGGCCAGCCCCAGGGCCCACAUGCCCUCCUCCCUAAGGGGCCUCCAGACACCUUUCUUCAGGCCACUGGAAGCACCAAUGGCCUGCUCAGCUUGCUGUGGAGGGCCUGGCUCCCUGCAGGGCUGAACUCAGAGAGCCAGCAGGACUGCAGCCCCUUUGUAGGGCCAGAAGAGAGAGGAGCUAGUGUGCCCGCAGGUGCCCCUGCCCCCUCUUCCCCUCCCCAUUAAACUAUUAUAUAUAACUAUUA